UCCAACCCUACGCACACGCCUUCGAUUUUCCUGUCAGCUAGUAAAAGCCCAUCAACAUGAAGUGGUCAGCAUUGCUCCCUCUAUCGGUCUCUGCCCUAGCCGUUCUUCCCUCCACCGCUGCGUGGGAGUUCACCUGGAAAGACGCCAGCAACACAACACACGUGGAAUCCGGUCACGGGCCCUCCAAGUGUAUCACUGUCAAUCAUGAAAAGGGAAUGGUAUUUGCCAUCGAUGCGCAAGGCGAAAAGAAGAUAAAUAUGUUAUUGUACGGCACCGACGACUGUUCGGGCAAGGCUGUGGGACAGGCGACCGAGCGCUUUUCCAAAGCGUCGUCGGUAGACAUCCAUGGUUUCCGAGUUGAGAGUCUCUCAACGGGAUCGAAUUCGACCACGACUGCAACGAAUGCUACCAUGACAUCGACAAGGUCAACGCAAUCCUCCUCUACGGCCAUCAGCGAAUCCAGCGAUGUGCCAACGGCGUCGGCGACAACCACGUCUGAUACUGCUGCUACGACCACAAGCGCGAGUGAAACGAGCACGUCCACCCCGAAUGCAUCACUGCGACUGUCCGUUACCGGUAGUGAUAUGGCAAAGACCGUGAUUGGUAUGAUGUUGGGACUUGCGACAGUCGAAUGGCUGUGUUAAUCAACUCUGAUGGUGACGGGUGGAGAGGAAGAUGGCUUAAAUUUGUCUAUUGCUGAAUAGCUUUAGUCUGUCUACAAUAAUAAGCGGCUCAAUAUUUCAUAGCAGCUCCUAUGGCUCAGUUGGUAGAGCGCAUGACUAGU